AUGGAUUGGCUCCGGUACUUGGUCCCCAAAAUCCUCCUUCCUACCUUCACCUGGCCUUAUCGCGUCCUGGGGUCUGUUGAUAUAGCGUCGUCGAUUCCACCAACACCACGACUUGCUCCUCGGAUUGUUCGUCGAGUCUUUGGAUUUGUCCACCCGUACCUUUGCUCCUUAUCCCAUCGCUACUGCAACUGGGUCGGCAUCCCUUUCGACAACCAACUCGCGCAACUUCCAUUCGGACUGGUGUUGAAAUGGUCAGACGGCACGAGGCUCGAAGAGGUCGCGGCAACGAUGCUUGCAAGGUCUGCCGGGUUUCCAGUGCCAAAGAUCAUUUCAUACGGAGAGCAUCCCGAUACACCUCAUGCACCGGUCUCAAUCCUAAUGACCCGCAUACCUGGCAGAGACUUAGGCAAUCCUGAGAUAUACGAACGAAUGAAUGAUGCCGAGCGCGAGACCAUUUACACUGAGCUAGAGUACAUGCUACAAGUCAUGCGAAACUGGUCUCAUCCAUGGGGAGGAGACCGCAUCUGUUCAAUUUUAGGGACGGCAGUCAGAAGCGUGCGCAUCCCCAGUCAUUCAGUUGGGCCAUGCGAAUCUGAAUCCGAGUUCAAUGACCACCUCUUCAGUUCUAUCUCGGGCCACAGUUUUGAAACACGGGAUACGUUUGAGGAGAAGGUGGUAGUCGCUAAAAGGUUACGUUCGAUGCACCAUGCGGUUGUUUUCACGCAUGGUGACUUUAAGCAUCACAACAUCAUGGUCCACAAUGGCCAUAUCUCCGGAUUCCUGGAUUGGGAGUCUGCAGGCUGGUAUCCGGAAUACUGGGAGUUUACAACACCUCUGCGAUUCGGUUCAAGGGACUUUUGGUGGAAUGCUCUUGUCUUAAGGCUUGGCGGUUCGAAGUAUCUAGCGGAAUUAGAGAGUGAAAAGGCUCUGGUUCCACUUACUGUUGAUGCUUGGGCCUGGUAG